AUGAAGCAGCAGCGUCGCUUCGUGAGCGUCACAGCGAAGUUGUUGCUCAGCUGUCCCAAAAACCAGGUUGGUCAAGAAUGCAUAUACGACCCGAAGGUGGUAGAACAGCUGGAGAACGAGAUCAAGAAAAUGGCAACACAGGUGGAGAUGUGGAUCCGGGAGCUAGCUGAUAUUAGUGAAGCACGUACCAAACUACAGAUGCGAUACGUACGCCUGCGGUCGAUGGUGCAUCUCAAUUCACUGAAUAUGCAGAUGGCAAAUAUUGGCAUUGACCGCAUCGAACAGAACUACGAUAAUAUAGGGGAUGACUCCAUGCAUAGCUCAAUCAGUGAUGACAGUGGCGAGCAUAUGAAUGGUACUAACAGAAAUACUAAUGAUAGUGACAAUGCUAGCUAG